CCCAAAAUACAAGCACACGCAUUCUAUUUGUUGUAGUUGUUGUUCUGCCUAAAUGCAUGGCCUGACUGUCAUCCUGCCUCCAGAUGUGCAAUUCUACCAUUUCAUGAGACAUGUGAGCGACCUGGGCAAGGAGCAGAUUAUGAUGACCUUUGACCUGCUGGACUGGAGUGCGAGUGGAGAGAUCAGCUUUGAGGCUUUCCACCUGCUGGCCUGCAUCCUGCUGUGCUGCGAGUACCGUGUGGAGAGGGAAUUCAUGCAUCACCACUCAGCACACAUUUUCGAGCUGCUGGACACUCAGGGCAGUGGCAGCAUCAGACGGGCCGAGCUCCAGGCGUUCGGUUUCCUCUUCAAUGUGACAGGCAACGUUCUCUACAGAAUCAUCGAUGAAUUAGACAUCCCUGAGAUCCUGUACUAUAAGGAGUAUAAGAUAUUUGUCAUGGCGUGUGCUGAGAUGAAAGCGGAGGCCAACAAAAUGAGGAAUAAGAAGACAGAACAUGAGAGAAGCAAGCAGCAUGAGUGCCAGCCACCAAGACACCUGACUUAA